AUUUUAAUAAUGCAGGAGUUAACAGAACUUAAGAAUUUAGUUAUACAAUCUCUUGAAGCUAAUGGAUCUUUAGCUAAGAUUAGAGCUUAAAUAAGAGCGUCAGUCUUUAAUGUAGUUGAUUAAUAGGAAGGCAAUAAUAAAAAACCAUCUCCUUUUUUUUGGGAAAAUAAUAAAGCCUAAACAAUUUAUGAAUUAGGAUGUGGAAGAGAUAUGUUAGAAUUAAUAAAAGAAUUUUUAUUAUUUUUUGAAAUGCAUUACACUAAUUCAAUAUUCUCAAGGUAUAUUGAAAUCAAUUAUAUUUUUAUAGUGAAAGCAAUUUAAGAGAAGACAUUAAUCGUGAUUAAAUAGCUAAAAAAUUAAAUAUAGAUGCUAAUGAUUCUACUAAACCAUUAUUAUACUUUUUAUUAAAAAAUAGAUAACCUGAAAAAAAAUCGUAAUUUUUAAAUUUUAUUAUUUAUUAGAGAAGAAAAAGGCUAAUAACAAAAAAUUGCAUAACCUUCUCCAAAAGAUGUCUAAUAACAAUAAUUAUAAUAAUAACAAUAAUAAAAAUUACAAGACUAAAAGCUUUAAGAAUAGAGGAAAUAAGAUGAAUUACGAAAAUAAGAAGAAUUAAAAAAAUAAGAAGAAUAAAAAAAGCAAGAAGAAUAACGAAGAUAAGAUGAAUUAAGAAAAUAAUAAUAAGAGGAACAAAAGAAAAUUGAGGAAUAGAAAAAAGAGUAAUUAAGAAAACAGCAAGAGGAAUAAAGAAAAAUGGAAGAAUUAAAAAAAUAACAAGAAUAAUAAAAACUAGAAUAAUAAAAAUAAGAAUAACAAAGAUUAGAAUAAUAAAAACAGGAAUAAUAAAGAAAAGAAUAAGAAAAAUUGAAAGAACAAUAAAAAUAAGAAUAAUAAAGAAAAGAAUAAGAAAAACUCAGAGAAUAAUAAAAAUAAGAAUAAUAAAGAAAAGAAUAAGAAAAGUUGAAAGAACAAUAGAAAUAAUAAGAAUUACUUAAAUAAUAAGAAAGAGAAAAACUUGAAGCUGAAUAGAGAAAAGGCUAAGCAAAAAAAUUUGAACAUAGAAAUUAUGAAGAUGAAAAAUUUGAUAAUGAAGAUCUUGAAGAAUAAUUAGAAGGAGAUGUAUAAAUAUAACAUUAUUAAAGGAUUUGAGAGAUUCUUAAUUGUAAUAAGAUUAAUUUUAAGAGUCAGAUGAAUACAUGUAAUAAUCCUAAUCAUAAGGAAUUGACAUGACUGUUGAUUCUGCUGCAUUGGAGGAAUUUGACUAUUAUGAAGAUAUAGAAGAAAUGGAUUGA